AUGAUGAGAAUGUUCGGGCUCAGCAAGUUGACAUUCAGUGACAUUUCAGAUGAUGAUCUUGAUCGUGUAGUCAACAAUAUUUGUCAUGAUUUCCCUCAAUGUGGAGAGAAUAUGUUAAAACAAAUUCUCAGUGGUAAGGGAAUCAAGGUGCAGCGUGUGAGAUUGCGGGACAGCCUUCACAGAGUUGAUUCAGAUGAAGUUGAAAGAAGGAAGUGUGGAAGAUUGCAUCGACGUGUGUAUAACGUAAAAUGCCCGAACGUGUUAUGGCAUGUGGACACUAAUCACAAGCUUGUCCGCUGGAAUUUUGUAAUUUUUGGUUGUGUUGAUGGUUUUAGUCGACUUUAUGUUGCCUUAAAAUGUCUCAAUAACAACAAAGCUAACAC